AUGACGGAUCGUGCCCGUUUGAUCUCGGCUUUUGUCACUCCUUUUGAACUAUUUGAGUGGAAUCGAAUGUCUUUUGGCCUGAAGAAUGCGCCCCAGAUCUACCAACGCAUGAUCGAUAAUGCGCUGUAUGGGUUCACCCGGAUCCCGAAGUCUGAAGAUCAUGGAAGUAUGGCGGAUGUGUUUGAGGACGGGGAACCAGUGGAUCCAGGUAAGCCUUCGGUGCUGGGCCGCAGAUCAUACAUCGAUGACAUCCUGAUCCCCGCUAAUAGCUAG